ACUCAGACUGAAAUUCAUUGACGUCAAGGCUGUAAUGUGAUUGGUUAUUAAGGCCCACAUGAUACAAGUUAGCCGUUACGCUUUCUCCAAUAGUAAGUAAUACAGACCCUCUCAUCUCCCUAUAGUAAGACUCGAGUUUGAUUCAGUCGAACCAAACAAAAUAGGUGUGAAUACACCCUUAGUUUUUAUAGCAUCUUUUACAAUCCAGCACUCCAGAAUGCACCGGAACCGGGCCUUUUCGGAGCCCGAGUAUUCUGCGGAGUAUUCGGCGGACUGUUCGGUCACCCUGCCCUCGGACCCCGGGCAGGCAGUGGGACGCACCCACGAGGUGACUGUGCGCAGCUCCGGCUGCUGCCUGUGUCUGCCGCGGUUCAUGCGUCUGACCUUCGCGCCGGACUCUCUGGAGAACCUCUACCAGACCUACUUCCGCCGGCAGCGGCACGAGACCCUGCUGGUGCUGGUGGUGUUCGCGGCCCUCUUCGACUGCUACGUCAUUGUGAUGUGCACUGUGCUUUACACGAGCGAUAAGCUGGCGUCUGUGGCCGUGGCGUCGGUGGGGCUGGCGGCAGACGUCCUGCUGUACCUGCUGUGCCGGUUCGGUCUGCUCCCGGACCGUGUGACGCGCCGCCUGGUGCCCUACGUCUUGUGGGUGCUCAUAGCGGCCCAGAACUUCUGUUACCUAGGACUGAACUUCGCCCGCUUCCAUCAGCCCAGCGACACGGUGGGCUGGCAGGCAUUUUUUAGCUUUUCCUUCUUUCUGACAUUGCCGCUGCGGCUGACCCCUAUAGUGCUGAUCACAGCCGUGUCCUGCGGUGUGCACACGCUUGUCCUGGGUGUCACGAUUGCCCAGCAGCAGCAGGAGGACAUUCAGGGGGCGGCUCUUGGAAGACAGUUGCUGGCCAACAUUGUGAUCUACUUCUGUGCCAUCACCGUGGGCGUCAUGUCGUAUUACAUGGCCGACCGCAAACACCGCAAGGCCUUUCUGGAGGCCCGGCAGUCGCUGGAGGUGAAGCUCAACAUGGAGGAGCAAAGUCAGCAGCAGGAGCGUCUCCUGCUGUCCAUCUUACCCAAGCACAUCGCAGACGAGAUGCUUCAGGACAUGAAGAAAGAAGCCAGUCAGAAAGAGAUGCAGCAGUUCAACACCAUGUACAUGUAUCGGCACGAGAACGUCAGUAUUCUGUUCGCAGACAUCGUGGGCUUCACUCAGCUGUCCUCGUUCUGUAGCGCGCAGGAGCUGGUGAAGCUGCUGAACGAAUUGUUCGCCCGUUUCGACAAGCUAGCAGCUAAAUACCACCAGUUGAGGAUCAAGAUUCUGGGCGACUGCUAUUACUGUAUUUGUGGCCUUCCAGAUUACCGUGAUGACCAUGCGGCUUGCUCCAUCAGGAUGGGUUUAGCCAUGGUUGAGGCCAUUUCAUACGUUCGAGAGAAGACGCAGACGGACGUGGACAUGCGUGUCGGGGUGCAUUCUGGGACAGUUUUGGGAGGCGUGCUCGGACAGAAGCGCUGGCAGUAUGACGUGUGGUCGACUGACGUGACGGUGGCUAACAAGAUGGAGGCAGGAGGAAUACCAGGGCGAGUGCACAUCUCCCAGAAUACCCUGGAGUGUCUGCAUGGAGAGUUUGAUGUGGAGCCGGGGAACGGAGGAGACCGCUGCGAGUACCUGAAGGAAAGAGGCAUUGAGACGUACUUGGUGGUGGUGCCCAAGGGACCCGUGGGUAAAAACGGCAUCAACGGGGUAAAGCUUUCGGUGACGUCGUCUAAUGGGAAUUCUCCAUUGCUGAUCAACACUACGGAGUGCAAUGGGAGCGUCCACACGGCCUGUACCACACCGGAGGAGCCGGAGGAGCUGGACACGCGGGUGGUGAACCCCUCGUUUCCAAACCCUCGGCGUCGUUUGCGUCUGCGUGAUCUGGCUGAGAGAGUGAUCGACGCUCAGGAGAACGAACAGGAGCUCAACAAACUCCUCAAUGAAGCGCUGCUGGAGCGAGAGACAGUACAGGCGCUGAAAGGGAAGCACACUAAUCGUCUGUCUCUGCGCUUUACUGAUCCGGAGCUGGAGACGCGCUUCUCGGUGGAGAAGGAGAAGCAGAGCGGAGCGGCGUUCAGCUGCUCUUGUGUGGUGCUGCUCUUCACUGCCGUCAUGGAGGCUCUCAUUGACCCCUGGUUGAUUGCAAACUAUGCGACUCUGGCUGUAGGUGAAGUCUUGCUACUCAUUCUUACUAUCUGUUCGCUGGCAGCUAUUUUCCCACGGGUAUUUCCAAAGAGAUUGGUGUCGUUCUCCACUUGGAUUGAUCACACGCGCUGGGCUCGCAACACUUGGGCCAUGGCGGCCAUCUUCAUAGUCACAAUGGCCGACAUAGUAGAUAUGUUGAGCUGUCGUCCACCAGAGUCCUCCACAAAUGAGGCAACUGCGGUCACUCCGGUCACUCUGUCCGCCAGCGGCUGUUCGGAGAAUCCUAAAUACUACAGCUACAUCGCAGUGCUGGCUCUCAUCGCCACCACCAUGCUGGUGCAGGUCAGUCACAUGGUCAAACUCACGCUCAUGCUGCUGAUCACCGGAGCUACAGGUGUGGUCAACAUCUACAGCUGGAGGGACAUCUUUGACCAGUACGAUCUGGUGCGCUUUAAGGAAUACAGAGUUCAUCUUGUGCCCUCCAAAUACACCAUGAGUGUGAUGAUCUUCAUCAUGAUGGUCAGCUUCUACUACUUCUCCCGACAUGUGGAGAAGCUGGCACGCACACUGUUCUUGUGGAAGAUUGAAGUGCAUGAGCAGAAGGAGAAGGUGUACGAGAUGCGGCGCUGGAACGAGGCUCUGGUCACUAAUAUGCUUCCGGAGCACGUCGCCCGGCAUUUCCUGGGCUCCAAGAAGAGGGAUGAGGAGCUCUACAGCCAGUCCUACGAUGAGAUUGGAGUCAUGUUCGCCUCCAUCCCAAACUUCUCUGAUUUCUAUACAGAGGAAAGCAUCAACAAUGGUGGGAUUGAGUGUCUGAGGUUCCUCAAUGAAAUCAUUUCCGAUUUUGAUAGCCUUUUAGACGAGCCACAGUUUCGCUGUAUAACCAAGAUCAAGACUAUUGGCAGCACCUACAUGGCAGCAUCAGGAGUCACUUCAGACAAUAACACUAACGGUUAUGCUUGUAUGAAGAAAGAAGCGAUUUCAGACCGGGAACGGUGGCAGCACUUGGCAGAUCUUGCUGAUUUUGCUCUGGCCAUGAAAGUCACGUUGAUGAACAUCAAUUACCAGUCCUUCAAUAACUUCAUGCUCCGCAUCGGGUUGAAUAAAGGGGGCGUUUUGGCUGGUGUGAUCGGGGCCCGUAAACCUCAUUUUGACAUCUGGGGAAACACUGUGAAUGUCGCCAGUCGCAUGGAGUCCACAGGGGUGAUGGGAAACAUCCAGGUGGUGGAGGACUGCUACUGCAUCCUGAAGGACUACGGCUUCCGCUUCGUCAGGAGAGGACCCAUAUUCGUCAAGGGGAAAGGAGAGCUGCUCACCUACUUCCUAAAGGGAUGUGAAAAACAAGGCUCCUUCAUUAACGGCUCUUUUGUCACCCUGCCGCACCAAGUGGUGGACAGCUCUUGACCGACACGCACACACAGUAAUUAGUACUUUCAAAUGUGUUUUCUCUAUUUAUUAGGCUGAGGGAAGAAAUGUUGGCAGAGAUUUUCUGUUUAUAUGAGAGAAGUACUAUAUAAUAUACAUUUUGGAAGUGUGCACAGAGAUGAAUGAAUGAAAUCAAACAAGCUGAAUGGUUUUAUUAGAUUGCUAAAGAGAUGAACAGGUUGUUUUUAAACUCAAAUCGCACCGAAUACAAUGAACUCUACCGUAUAUUACGCACUGCGCUGCUCAAAGGAACCGAUGAAUUACCUAUUUUUGUUCUUCUUUUAUUUGAAAUAGUUUCAUUAUUUAAUCAUUUAUUUAAAGAUUGCCCUGAAAGUCCCUGAUAUAUUUGAAUGUUGUUUGCCAUUGAAAAGCUACUCCGAAUGCCUGUGUAUGAAAGCAUACUGACUGCCUUUGCCUCUUAUGAAAGUGUGUGUGUGUGUGUGUGUUCAUGCAUUUCUAAAGUCUAUAGUCACCUUUAUUUAUUUUUUUUGACUUUCAACCAUUAAUAAUGGUCAUGCAUGAGGUUUUGAAAGUCUGAGACCACAUUAAAUCAUGGGUUUUAACCCUGGAAAUAACCGUACAGUUCUAGGAUUUUAAAAUGUAUAAAAUACAUUAAAAGAUAACAAUAUUUACA